GCGUUCCAGUGUCAUUUUCUGGUGUACGAACUUUACCCAUGAUUGGAGAUCAAUCGCAUUUUUUACAUCUAGUCUAGGACACCUAGCGCUUUCUUACUAGAAUGAUAUAUCAUGACCAUGGAAAAUGAAACGGGCAUGGAUUCGAAUAUGGAGACAAAUGGUGUAGAGGCGAGCUCGAGUUUGGAGAUAGGCGCACAUGAUAAUUCCAAUACCACGCCUAUGAAGCGUCAACGUCUCGGAAAAUCUCGUACGGCAAGUUCAUAUCCACGAAAGCGAGCUUUGAGGGCAUGCCAGAUCUGCAGAACUCGAAAGACCAAAUGUAAUAACGAAAAGCCUAUGUGUGGAUGUUGUCAAUCUUUAGGGGCUCAGUGUGUUUACGAUGAAGUAAAUGAUUUAUCCACAGAUCAGAUUUGAUCCUGCAAGUCAGAUAAUACUUGAGCGUCUUGAUCAAGUACUCCAAAAACUUGACGAGAAAGAAGUAGAAUCGGCUGGAACCAUACACCGGAUUUCUCAGACGUUGGAAAAUCUUCGAUCGGAACAAGUCUCGUUGACAACCACCGCACAAGAAUCUGUUACGCCUUCAUUGGCGUCUACAUGGCAAGCGCUUUCUACCAUGGGGGAAAAUGUCGAAUCGGAAAAGGAUCGUAAGCUUCAGCUGGAUGAGAAUAUGCUAACACCUUCUGCUCGGACUUCACCUGAUGCUGUCCUCGACUGGCCAGUAUUCGAAAGCUGUUAUGUGACAGGCUUUAUCACUAGGGAGUUGUUUGAUCAAAAUUUCAUUGAUGACUCCAGGACUGACAAAUCGGAACAUGAUAUUUCUCAGUCAUCAGCCUUCAUCAACGAGGAGGCCGUGCCUCAGCUUGUGGAAGUAUUUCUCACUCGUGUACACAUAAAAAGUCCAAUUCUAGAUCCGAAUAUUGCGAGAGAAUUUGGAUUUAAGAUUGCUCAUGAAGGUUUGCGAUGGGAUGCACCCUCCUGUUUAGUGUUAAUUAUGUGCGCUUUAGGCUGCAUUUCGCAGCCCUUUGGUGACUUGAACAGUUGCAACCCUUCAGACAGUUGGGUGAAAACCUCAAGGGCCGUUCUUGGAGGACGAGACUUGUCUCUUGGAACGGCUUAUUUUACAGCUGCUCGCAAAAGGAUUGGGCUACUGACACCCGGUGUAAUUGCAACGCAAUGUAUAUUCUUGUGCGGGGUAUAUGAAAUGUAUAUGAUACACCCGGUGAAGGCUUGGACUUUCUUCGCUAACGCCUCAUCCAACUUUUUCAUGUACCUCAAGUGUGAAGAAUCACACUUUAAAAAAGACACAUCAAUAACUAAGUCAUCAGACACCCAGCGUGUUGAGGCUAGUCUGUAUUGGUCCUGCUAUAAGUCUAUGUGUGAGUUGCGAACAGAGGUACCCUUAUCUCCAUCGUUACUAUCUCAAAUUGAUUAUGCACAUCCCUUACCUGAACCACCGACAAACUUUCCAUCAGGUACGAGCUCCAACACAUCUAAAACAACUUUUGCCAAAUCAUCUAUAGUAAGCGACCCACAACGAGAAGAAUCGGAACUUGCUUUCGAAACACUGCAGGAAAAAGCUUGGUUUUUUUAUUUAUCAGACAUUAUAAUUAGUAGACUUGGGACUCGAGUUCUUCUUAAUUUGUACGAUAAUGAUUUUCGAAGCUGGAACGCGCACAACCUCCUCUAUAUGAUCAAGGCUGCAGAUGAAUUCGAAAGACAAUUGAAUGAGUGGCGUAUAAGUCUUCCAGAUCAAAUUCAAUUUAACGAUGGUAUAAAGACCAAUCAUGAGCUACAAUUCACAAUGCAAGCUCGUGUAAUGGAGGUAGAAACAUGGCUCUAUCGACCAUUUUUAUAUUAUAUGAUACACCAGUCAUCGGAAGAAAUCCCGGAGCGAGUGCGGCAGCUUGCUCAAAAAUCAAUCGACAGCAGCAUUCACUGGAUUCUACACAGACAUGUCAGGCAUAGACAUCAUGGAAGUUGGUUUGUUGGAAGACUGAUUUUAUCUUCGGCAAUAUCCAUACUUGCCGCGGUCAAGGCAAAAAUGCGGCUGGAUUCACUGGAUGAUUGGAAAGAGAUUAUGCAAGAAGCGAUAAGUGUGAUGGAUUUCUGGGCGGAUGAAUCACCAGAUUUUGCCGUGGGCUCUGUGGUUCUGCAAAAGCUUUCACAGCUUGUAGAUAUUUCAAAUGACUAAUGAUUUUGUUGAUGCCGUCAAAGGGGCAGUACAUGUUCACAGUGUCACAAGCAGGAACAAGCGAUCAAUUCUUA